AAAAAAAAAAAAAAACCAGAAUUUUUUUUGGUGUAAAAAUAUGGGUUUUUUUGGGGGGAUUAUAGCAAGGAAUUAAUACAUUUCCAUUCCCCCUGUCAAAUCCUAGUACAAAAAACAUCGCUGUUCCUCUUUUUUCUUCCUCGGCCUUAUUAAAUUUCGUUUUCGUGAAUUCCGUCAAUCAAAUCAAGUGAGAUGGUGGGCAGGAAUUACGACGUGGCACUCCAACUGGGAGGAGAAGCAACAAUGGCGGGGGGGAAUAUCAUGCACAGGAUUGACUGCUCAAGUCUCCCUUGCCUUCUCUUUCGAGUCUUCUCCUAUGAAAACCACGAGGGAAAACCCAGGAUUAUUAUUUCUUAGACCCUCCCUCCUUACUUCUUUUUUUCCUUAUUAAUUUUAUCAUAAACACUAAGAACACAAAAUUCCUAAGCUGAAUUUGUGUAUUUUUAUAUAUAUUGCUGUCGUAUUAGAGAAACAUGUACAAGGGACGAUUUGCUGAGGAUGAUUACCUCGGAUAUGUCGAAACUGAUCCCACUGGUCGCUAUGGUCGAUUGGGGGAAAUUCUGGGGAAAGGGGCAAUGAAAACAGUGUACAAGGCAAUUGAUGAAGUGCUUGGAAUGGAAGUGGCGUGGAGCCAAAUUAAGCUGAAUGAUGUGCUACAGACGCCCGAGGAUUUGCAGAGGCUUUACUCGGAAGUGCAUCUUCUGAGCUCACUCAGUCACAGUUCCAUCAUCCGGUUCUAUUCGUCUUGGAUUGAUGUCGAGCGCAGGACCUUCAAUUUCAUCACCGAGAUGUUCACUUCUGGCACGCUCAGAGGAUACAGGAAGAAGUACAAGCAAGUAGACAUUUGUGCGAUUAAGAUUUGGGCCCGCCAAAUACUCAAAGGCCUUGUUUAUUUACACGGCCAUGAUCCUCCGGUGAUCCAUCGAGAUCUCAAGUGCGACAACAUUUUUGUCAAUGGCCAUCUUGGACAAGUCAAGAUCGGUGAUCUCGGCCUUGCAACUAUUCUUCGUGGAUCCCAUAGGGCACAUAGUGUCAUAGGCACACCGGAGUUCAUGGCACCGGAGCUAUAUGAUGAGAACUACAACGAGCUUGUCGAUGUAUACUCAUUUGGAAUGUGUAUUUUAGAAAUGCUCACGACUGAAUAUCCAUACAGUGAAUGCUCCAAUCCCGCUCAAAUUUACAAGAAAGUGACAGCGGGUAAAAAACCGAAGGCAUUUUACAAGGUUCAAGACGUGGAAGCUCAACGAUUUAUUGGAAAAUGCUUGGAACCCGUCUCAAAGAGAUUAUCAGCACAAGAGCUAAUGGUAGAUUCAUUCCUCGCCAUCGAUGAUUUUAUUAUGAAGCCAAUAAAAAUGGUUGGAUGUCAGAAGUCUUUUUUAAAUGACAAUAUUGGAUUCGAAGACCUUAACUUGAACGAAGCCGCACCAAGGACUAACAUGACUAUCACCGGGAAGUCAAAUCCGGAAGAUGAAACCAUCUUUCUUAAAGUGCAGAUCGCUGAUAAAGAAGGUGCUGUUAGGAAUGUGUUCUUUCCGUUUGACAUUUUAAGCGACACCCCAACUGAUGUUGCGAUUGAAAUGGUGAAGGAAUUAGAAAUUACAGACUGGAAACCUACUGAAAUCGCAAAUAUGAUUGACGGGGAGAUUACUGGCCUAGUGCCUCAGUGGAAGAAAUGGAAUCAGUACGACUCAUCUGAUUACCACGCGCUUAACUAUAAGGACAGCGAUAACGAACAUCACAAUCCUCACUUCUCAUUCUCAUCUUGUUCGUCAUCCCAAGUGUCGUUUUCAGGAAAUAGCCAAGGUCCCCGAUGGCUUCAAGAUGAAUGGUAUGAAGACACGAGCUCGGAGGGCUCUUCGUGCUCGGGUAACUAUUCAUACUUGAAUUAUGUUUCUAGCGACGAGAACGAUCAUAUAAGCCCGAGGAAACAAAGUCAGGCAUCAGUUGCUGUUACGCAUAGCCAUUCCCGAUUCUGUCCUGGAGAGAAUUCAAGCACCGGGAACUCCCCGGCUCAAACGUGCAAGGACGUGCCGGAAACGAACCGAGCUUCAACUUCUCGAGAUAAAUGCACGCUUGAGAUGCGUAGAUUAACAAGGAACCGAUCCCUAGUAGAUAUGCGCAGCCAGCUACUGCACCGAUCAUUGGUGGAGGAGGUGAGCAAAAGGCGAUUGUUCAACACUGUUGGAUCUGUUGAGAACAUCGGGUUCCAAGCCCCUCGCGAGGGGUCUAGAAAGAGCUCUCGAUGCGUAAAUGCUGCUUCUUCUUCUGAGAAUUGAGCUUGGUUUGUGACUGGUAAGGGGCAUAUGACCAUAAUAAAACUGGUAGAUUUGAUGAGAUGGGAGUUCAGAGAGUGAAAUAAGCUAAGCUUUUUUUAUGUUAAAUUUUGAUGUGUGUUUUCUGCAGUUUUGUGAUUGAUGAGGUAAGAACAACUUGAGUAGCUUGUAAUGGUCAAAACUCCAAAUGUAAAUACAAAAAAAAUCUUGAUCUAUUGUUGUAUAA